AUGGUUGGACAGUGGGAUUUCAGCCAGCCCUCAACGGGAGAUGGGUGGUUCAGAAAACCGCUCACAGGCGAAGAUGCAACUUUCGAUUUUUGGACAGCUACACCACCAGAUGAAGCCAUUCCAACUACUCGAUUGGGCCACCGAACUGAGGAACACAUGAUUGGCAUUGCGUUGGGCAGUCCUGGCCAGUUAACCAAAAACGGGCCUCUAACGCCACCCAGUUUUGAUACAACUAUCUUUGCAGAAAGCGAUUCAGCCAAUAAGCUCAGCAAGUGGAAGAAGAUUGGCGGAUUCUUCAAGGCUAAGAAUGCGCUUACAUCGCUUCCAGACAGCGCACAAGAAAGCGACAUCAAGCCACAAAGUAACGAUUACCAACUGCCAGAGAAGCCGCAGAAAGCACGGCUGAGAAAGAACUCGACGGAGGAGUGGCCGAAUGUUGAAAUUGAUCCUAGGAACAUGCCUGGCCGAAGCAUCCAAGCUCCCCAACGGAGUCGGACCUUUUCACUUGGCAACAAGCCACCCAAGGUUACACCAACUGUCGACACUCCAGAUGUUGAGAUGGGGCGGUACGGUGUUCGGUUUGGCGAUAUCUCCAAGAAGAACCAAAAACCCUCCCUGCUGGUCAGAAGGGCUAGGACAUUGGACAAUCUUCGCGUGCCAGAUGCAACUGGCUUCCUGACAUCACCUAUACCCCCCCCAAUGCCGCAGCGCCGGGCAACAUCACCUGCCCAAUCAAGCUUCGCCCCAGUUCCAACUUCACAGCCAUCGAAAGCGGCCCAGGUGCUCAGCACACAGAAUUUUUCCCGUGGACCGCUGGUGAGGGCAAAUACGCUCCCUAUUCAAAGCCCGUCAAAGAUGCCUCCACCACGGCUCCGUCAUGGCUUAAAUAUGGGUAGCCUUUCAUCGUUUGAGUCACCAGUCAUUGCGAAGCUUUUCUCCGAGCGUUCCAAUGUCCCACGGUCCUCUAGUAGUUGUGACAAGCCUCUUCCUCCUAUCAAGUCAGAGUCUCAUACUCCACAUGCCCCAUUAAAAAAGAGUGCUCCACCUGAAACGAAAGCUCCAUCUCCGCAGAGGACCUGCUCACAACAGAGCGCCCAUUCGCACAGUACCGUUGCAACGAAGCCGGUUGCUCAACCCCGGAUUCAUCCGCAACCGAGAAAGGAUUCGCAUGUUACUCCACCACAGCAAAAUACCACACAUCAGCCCAGUAGGGCACUGAACCACCGCGGAAACGAUGUUUCGAUGCGUCCACAGCUCAGAGUUGAAACAGAAGGCCGUCCAAAACCACCCGCAAAGGACACAUUCUCCCCCAGUACAUCUCGAGGCUCACCAUUAGCAUUAAACCCAACCCAAGCCAAAAUUGACCGAAUCAUGUCCCCAUUGUCAGCCGCAACUGGUGCUAAAUCGGGUGUAUCGCCAGCAGAGUCCAUGCGCAUGCCAUUCACCGAUACCGUUGAGACGCUUGAUGCCACUGAAGAGGAACCUGCAUUCGAGCUUCGACGUCCUCUCCCAAGAGGCGAGGUCUCAAAAGCACACUCUGCACUGCGGGCAAAGCGACAGGUUCUGGUUCCAAUCGGCGUGAGGGUCGAUACUUUGGACCUGGAGGAGCGAGUUGUGCACAGACGACCUAUGACACCAAAAAUUACAGAUGUUCAUCUCGGGCAUCGGCCUGGCAUCUCGCAGGAGUUGCGGAUAGAGUCUCUGUGA